ACAGAGCGCGGAAGAGCAGAGCAGAGGGAGCGGGCACCGCGGACACUACCGUGCGGUGAAGUUCCCUCACUAACUCGCCUUUCAUGUACGAUACCCUGCCUUCAUCUUUAUCCUCCUCCUCACAGACAUGUCGGAGAUGCUGCUGAAGGAGAUGGAAGAGGUCUCUCUGGGUCCGCCGUCCAAGAAAGAGGAGAAGGAGCGGGAAGGCCGGAGUUUCCUCUUAGUGGAUGGAAGCGAAGCUCUGCAGGUGAAGGAUGAAGCUCACUUCCUGCAGAAGCUGGGUUGUAAUGGCAGCCAAGGAGUCAAAGUGCUGUCCAUCUUUGGCAACACGGGUGAUGGAAAAUCGCACACGCUCAACCACGUGCUUUUCGAUGGCGAGGAGGUUUUCGCCACGUCUCCUUCCCCUAACUCCUGCACCAUCGGAGUGUGGGCCGCCUAUGACCAGCGCCUGGGUUUGGUGGUUCUGGACACAGAGGGCUUGCUGGGCGCCUCCACGCAGCAGAACCAGCGUAUGCGCAUGCUGCUGAAGGUGCUGGCCGUGUCUGACAUCGCCGUGUACCGGACUCGGGCCGAGCGGCUGCACAAUGACCUCUUUCAGUUCCUGGGGAGCGCCUCAGCUGCCUACCUGAAGCACUUCACCCCCCAGCUGCGCGCCCUUUCCAACCGCUGCGGGCUGGACGUGCCCAUCUCUAACCUUGGACCAGCGGUGGUGGUGUUCCAGGAGACCUCUCGCACUCAGCUGCUGGGCCACGACAGCUCAGGCCCAGCAGACGUACUGCUUCAGAAGCGUUUCCACGACCUGGGUCAGGGUACUGAAGCCUUCAGCUCGGUUCAGUACGUGGGAACCCAAACCAUCACGCCCCCCACAGACUACUCCCAGCUACUGGAAGUCAUCCGGCAGCAGGUGAAGAACACGGCGUCUCGAGCCCCCCGGCAGCCUGCCAUCGUCUACAGCGCCCUGCAGGCCCUGAGUGAGCGGUUCUGUGGAGAGAUCUCCGACGACAAAAUCAGCAUGUACUCCUUCUUUCCUGACGAAUAUUUCACCUGCCCCUCGGUCUGCCUCAGCUGCAGCGUUCGGUGUAAGAACGGAAUGAACCACCAGAAAGACAGAGUGCCACAUAUGGCUGAUGGACUUUGCCAGUACGCCCAUCAGUACAAUAACAAGGUCCUCAUCUGCAAGAGAUGCUAUGAGGGAGGGAGGGAGGUGAUAGUCAUUCCCAAAACGUCAGCCUCUACAGACAACCAGUGGCUGGGUCUGGCCAAGUAUGCCUGGUCCGGAUAUGUGCUGGAGUGUCCCAACUGCGGCAUUAUCUACCGGAGCAGACAGUACUGGAUGGGGAACCAAGACCCUGAGAGCAGCGUGGUGCGUCCUGAGGUCAAGCACGUCUGGAUGGGGUCGGAAACCUUCCAGACUGACCAUCAGAACGCUGCCCAGCGCGUGCUGGAUGGAGUCAACUAUGUCAUUCAGUCCAUGGCGGAGUACAGCGUCGGCCCCACUAAAGCCGUCACUUCCUGGAUCACUGACCAGGUGGCCCCCCCGUACUGGAGACCUAAUGCUGAGAUUACAGAAUGCCAUGGCUGUAAGCGAGUGUUUGAGGAGGCGGAGAGGAAGCACCACUGCCGCUCGUGUGGGGAGGGGUUCUGCCAGGCCUGUUCCACCCGCAGCAUGCCCGUACCCGAGAAAGGCUGGGGCAGCAGCCCGGUCAGGGUGUGUGAUGCAUGCCACCGGGAAGGAGGAGCUGCACAAUCCAGCCAAGUUGCCCAGACAGAGCCUCGGGCGCUGGUGGCCCGCAGGGUGACGGAAGUGGCCCAGUCCACACUGGACCUGGUCUCCAAUGCUGUGGACUACCCUCUCUGCUUUGUAAAGGGUGUGGCUCGCCCUGAGUAUUGGGUUCCGGACCACGAGAUCACAACAUGUCACCAGUGCUCCAGAGACUUCACCUCCACAGUGCCCAAACACCACUGCCGGGCGUGCGGACAGGGCGUGUGUGGGGGCUGCUCCACCCAGAACCGGCCCGUUCCAGCACGUGGCUGGGAUCACCCCGUGCGGGUUUGUGACGGAUGCGCCGCUAGCCUGGACACCCAGUGACUUAAAGAGUCUCAGAUGGGCACUUUUCUCUUAAAAAAAAAAAAAAAGUGGUGCCGUGACCCAGAGGCAGACUGAUUUUCAGAUUAAUGCAAUCAGGUCUUUACUGUGCUGUGAUUGGGAUUUAAUUACAGACGUGAUCUUAAAAACCUCACAGGACAUUAGUGAAAUUAGCUGAAAAGAAGACAUCCUGUGAUUGGACGGCUCUAAAGGCUGGUAUGUAGCCUUUAGACCACAGAGCUGGAUGAUGUGAGAAGAAUAAUCAGAAGUUAUAAAAAGGCCUUUGCUCAGACUUUGGAGAACAAAUGGGGAAGUAGGUUAAAACUGUACUGUUAUGACUAUGAUCUAGUGCUGGCACUAAGAAUAGCUCAGUUAUUUUAUAAUAUUAUCGCUGAGGUUUACUUCACUAGUCAUGAGGAACAUUUCCCAACUUUUGUUUUCUUGUUUGGAACAAUCCAUAGGAACAUCAAACACAAAAAUCUGUUAUUAAUAGCAUUUUAUGAUAAACAGGAUUUAUGGGUUCUCCUCAGAACUACUUUAUUCAACUACACCUUAAUAAUUUAAUUAUUCCCUUGUGGUAAAUAGGAAGGAGCAGUUUAGUGAAAAACAUCUAAUUAACCUGGUUUCUCAUCAAACCCCUAUACAGCCAACCAGCCAAAGCAUGCAUACUAUUUGUAAGUGUUUAGUGUAGAAUUAAAGAUGCUAGGCUAACAUUGCUAACAAACACUGGACUAAAAGUCCGUUUGCACUGAGUUCUGAAAGAAAAAGGACCAUCUUGAUGGUCUGAUUUUUAAAGAUGAAAAAACACAUGUUCUGAAUACCAGCACACAUUUGAAUGCUGUUUUUCACACAGUCAGAUUGUUAAGAUGAAAAUUAUUCAGACUCACAAUUUUAAAGGUAAACACUGGUUUAUUAAUAGUAUAUCACACCGAGUUUAAUUUGGAUGAGAAGAACAUCAAGUUAAUACAAACAUUAAUGUUGUCGGAUAAGUUAAAUUCUGGCCGACCAAUCAGAGUUGUGUUGUCAUGAUUGCAGACAAAACAAAGUAUAAAAGUAUGAAAAUGGCAGUUGAUCAUCUGAUUUUAUACAUCCAUUUACAGAGUUUACAUAGAUGCCAAAAACACAAAAACAUGUCACUGUGAGGAUCCAUUAUGUUAAUCAAAUAUUUGACCGGAUUAGCAGUGAUAGUUAGCAUAGCAUAAGCUACAACUAAUUAAAAUAAGGUAUCAAACAUGUUCCGGCUGAAUGGCUGCUUCUGGGGUCAGUAAUGAAUCAGGUUAAUUUGAUGUCUCUGUUCUGUGUUUAAGACUAUAUUUUGUUGAAUAUAUAUAUAUAUAAAUGCUGUCAAUAGACAUUGAGCAAUGCUCAUUUAAUCAGAGGACAUUUUAAAACCAAUUUUCUUUUUGUGUUGUUAGUUUAAGUGUAGCUGUGUAGUACUGUUUAACAGAUUUACCCUGAGCUGGACGCUGCGCACUUUCAGUUUAGCUUAUUAUUGCAGUAAUUUAGUUUCUUACGUGAUGCAGCAGUGCUGUCACUGCACUGCAGGGAAUUAUGCAAUUAUCCUAUAGAUCUGUAACUAAUUGAGCUGCCUUACAAUCAAUAACACACAGUCUAUACUAUCACAGCUGCUUUCUUCUAAAGAGGCUUUAGAACCUUUUUCAUGGAGUGUAUUUUCAUGCAGUCAAAGAUCUGUUAAUAAUCUGAUUAAUGCAGUUAUCUGAUUAUUAUUAAGGUAGUUAUGUAAACAACAUGCUCUUGAUUUCUUCGAUCAGAUUAGAAAUCUGAUCAAGAGAGCUGGAUUUUAGUUUAGUAAUUAAAAGUCUUAGCUUCUGUAUGCUCCUAACCGGAGUACUCUGGGAUGUCUCAGUCUGCACAUUCUGAUGUUCUGCAGUAAUCAGAUUCUAAAGUGCAUGUAAACACAUUGAUUGGAUUACUGAGAAACUUUGAUGUUCUGCAGUAAUCAGAUUAUAAGGGGAAUGUUAUGACACUGAUCAGGAUAUGUUCGUAAUCCAGUUUUCUUUAAUAAUCAGAUUAUAUAGUUUAUGUAAAUGUAUUGAUUGGAUUACUGACUUACUGAUUAUGAAGUGCAUGUAAACGCACUCAUAAAAAUGUAUAAAUAUAUAAGUGCAGUGUGUAGCAGUAAUACAUAUUUAAGGGAACAGAUAUUAUUGAUUAUGUUAAAUGGUAAGAAUGCAUAUACAUAUUCAUUUAAUUGAAAGGCAGCUUCUGUAUUGGACGUGUCAUAACUGGAACUGAAACCUGAUUUGUUGAAUGGACUCAUGCUUGUAUGUGAAGAUUGAUGGUAGGUGUAAGUAGGAAAGUGGACAGAAGGAAUUUAGGUAGGUCUUUGUUUGUUUACUGAAGCCUUUUCUAAUCAAUGCAAACAACUAGAAUACACUGACAUGCCAAAAGUCAUGGAUUAGCAGUAUGUUAAUUGAUCACAAAGUGGUGAGGUAUUAUCUUUUUAGUGAGGCUGAACACUGGUCAGUAUGCUCCUGGCAAGGUCAGGUGAACUAUUGGAGUUGGAGUGAGUUAGUAGGUGCUGAUGGAUGGGAAUAUAAUGUAAAAGAUGGCAUUACUACCCACAGUUCAUAGCACAGAGGUUGUUAAUGAUUGUGAUCAGCCACUUUGAUUAGAAUUAUCAGUGUGAAAGACUUGAGCCCGCCCACAUAACCCAAAGGUGAUACUAGUUCCUGUCCCAUGACUUUUGGUAUGUCCAUGUAUAUGAAACCGUACAUAGUUAAGGUGACUAAAGGCAGAGUUUAAGUUUUCUUUAACUUCUGUUAUUUUAACUCAGUUUUCAUCUAAUUUUUUGCACUUUAUAGAUCUUUCUCAGCAACCACUCUCUGGAGCCUUGUCACCUGCAGGGAUAUGUGCAGGUGUAUAACAGAACAACAACAUAAUCAGAAUGCUAUAGACGUAAUCAAGCCAAUCCAACACUAUUUAGCACUGUUAAGUAGGGGUUAGUUUUAUUUGAGGAAAUUGAGUAAUGUAUUUAUACUAGAGGAAGUCAGAAUUUAUAUCUGAUACACACAGGAUAAGAAAUCUCAGUACAAAUGACUUUGUGGUGACUGCAGUGCAUAAAUUGAGUAGCUACUCCCAUCUCACCACAUGCCACUAUACUGCUAUUUUCAAACUAAAAUAUCAUUAUUACUAUAUGUUUAUAAUGCAUAUGUAGGCUACAGGCUAUGGUACACAGUAACUAAACUAAAGCUGCAAUAACCCCCAUCUGAUAAGUACUUAAACUUUGAAAAAAAAAAAAUUGAAAACUCUUAUUCUAUAGCAAUUGAUGGAACGUUUGCUCAUAUGUUCAUUAGCUCAGGAUUAAUAGAACAUGAGGUCAGAACUAAAAUCACUGAGAAAUACUGGUAAUAAUUACAUUAUCCCACCUCCCUAUGUAAAACUAAUCCAGUCCUAAUUUUGGGGUUUCAGUCAUGCAUUUUUUUUUGCUUAGCUGCCAUAUUUGGGACCAAAAUUCUGACUUUGCCGACUGUCAGUGGGGAAAGAUGGCUAAAAUUGGCCAUUAGCUUAUUUAAGAAAAGCACUACUUCGACAAAAACGAUAAAAUAGGUAAACUAAUGUUCAUAGUUGCCUUGUAGUGUUUUUAGAUAUCUUAAAUGAUCAUUCUGACUAGUCAAAAAGCAUCAGAUUUAUGUUGUACUAACCACAUCUUAGCCAGCUUACUUUAGCUUAGCUUAUUUUAGGUUAGUCUGUGUGUUCUGUUGGAGUUUAUACUACUAAUAUAAAAUGAUAUAUAAGUGGUAUAUAGCAGUUUUUUAUGUUUUCAUGUAUUUUUUGUGAUAAUUCUGUGUUUCUCUGGUGCAUUAUCUGUACAACCUAAGCUUUAUGAUAAGGCAACACAAAUCUACAGAAGUACCUAGCUAACAACACAUGAUUGCCCAUUCUACCAGUAGAGAAGUGACGCAUACAAAUAACGAACAAAUCAGCAAAUCAGGUUUUAAUUAAAAUGGCUUGUUGUUUGGGAAUUUUAUUAGCUUGGUGACCCAGCUAACAAGUUGAGUCCAACUGAAGAGAACUCACAAUAAGCAUAUCUGUUUUUAUUAAAAUAACUACUUAUUUGCCAUAGCUUCAGUGUUUAGCUGUGCUAAGCUAACCAUCUGGUAUGGAUUCUAGAUGAUAUUUAAAAAGCUCCAUCCAAAACACACAACCCCCAAAACAUGAGGGGAUUAGAAUUAAAAGCUGCAAUUUAAAUUAAAAGCUAAAGUUAAAAUGAAUAAGCUUUCUACUGAUGAAAUGGGCUUUCAUUUGUUAAAAGGGAUUCUAGCCAACCAAGCUAAGCUUUCUAUUCAGAACUAUUCACAGUAUUAUGUCUUAGUGCUACUUAGCUAGCUAGCCAGUCUGAUUUGGUUCUGAAAAUGGAGGCUAAAUAUUACAGUGGUUUGAAACCCUAGAAAAGGACUUUUGAUGGCUUUGGAAUUGUCUUAUUAUUUUUGUAUCUGUGUCAUGCUUUACUUUGUACCUUAUCCGCCUGUUGUUCACCACAGCUGCCGAACGAUGCUGCCCCAGAGUGGCAGUAUGAAUUAUUAUGUAAAGCCUUGAUAUUUAGCAGACAUAUUCUGAUCUGAAGCUCAGUGGAGGAGUAGAGGGAUUUUAUUUUUCCUCGCUUUGCUGAUGUAUCUCAGCUUUUAGUUCUGCUAUCCUAACAUUUUACAGCAUUUGAAAUAGUUCUUCACUUGGCGCUUCAUAAGUUCUUCAUAUUAUAGCACUUUAAAACGUUUCAGCAGUGUAAAGCAGGGAAACCCUGGGGAACUUUCUAAACUGUGGAUUAUACCUUUUUUAACUAACCUGUGGACUGGAACAGAACCCUGGAGCCUUCUGUGAAGUGAUUUAUCCAAAGCAAUGACUUUACUGCACAUAUGAUAAUCCUCUUUUGAUUAUGUUUGUUUUUCAGGCUUUUCUGAAUAUUAAAGGUGUUUUAAAGCA